UCUUUUACUUCUCCAGAAACUUUAAAGUCUGGAAAUCAAUUUUUGCUCUGAAAUCUCUGAAGAAGAGGAGGAAGAAGAAGAAAUGUCAAAGUCUUGCAAAGGGUUAGCGAUGGAACUAGUCAAGUGCUUAAGUGAAACUGACUGUAUUAAGGUUGAGAAGAGAUCAUACAAAGAAUGUGCUGGUGAGAAGUGUCCAUCUAUUUCAGCUGAGUGUAUUGGGUUAAGAGAGACUUAUUUCAAUUGCAAAAGAGGCCAGGUUGAUAUGAGAGCUAGAAUUCGUGGAAACAAGGGCUACUAGUAGAACGUAUGUGCAAGCAGGAAAUGAGAGUUUACUUCUGCUGCUGUUAAACCGUUGAAGAUUGUAUAAAUGCAACUAGCUAGCUGAAUGCUCUUUAUAAUGCGGCAGUUUGUAUGAAAAUCUUAGACAGAAAACUAUCCGUGAUUCAUCUUUUUGUCAAGGUUUUGUGGAUGCUGGUAGGAGAUGCACAAUAUACAAAAAAAAGAUGCACUUCAAGUUGGAAAAAACAAAAUUUGUGAUUUAUUAGUUUCUUCUAAAACUUUUUGGGUUUCAUACUCAAGGAUGGGAAAUCUGAAAUUUCUCUUUUACAUCAAACCUGGAUUUUGGAAGCUCUAUUUCUGGGCAUGAUAUGUUAGGAAAGUGACUAUUGCAUUUUUGUGUUUCUUUUCAA